GCUUUGACAUUUGCCCGUUACUUUUCACCUCUGAUUCGUCUCAUCAUUUCGCACAUUUUACAAUAAAAUAAAUUAAAUAAUUUGUAGUUUAAUAGAAUUUGCAGCAAAAAUGUCGGAAAGUGAAAUUAAUGGCACCGAAGAGGAUGUGCAGGAUAAGAAACAAAAAAAGCAAACACGGCAUGACGGAGGUGCAGCCGAUUUGGAACGUGUGACAGACUAUGCUGAAGAGAAGGAAAUAUCGGCGGCACAUAUAUCCAGUGCAGUGGAGCAAAUCGGUAACAAGCGUAGCAAAGAGGAGGAACGCAAAGUAGCGAAAGAAAUGGAGUUGUUAAAGGUGCACGUGAAAAAAGAAGAUAUUGAGCUGAUUAUGAAUGAAAUGCUAAUUACACGCGCCCAGGCCGAGAAAGUGUUGCGAGAGCAAAGUGGGGAUGUGGUUGCCGCUUUGGAGGCGAUUAUUGCCAAUUGAUCAUCCUUCUUCCAACUUCUGAAGCACACAAGAAUAUUGCAAUUUUCUGUAAUAUAAAUAUUUUGUAAAAAAAAAAGAAAAUACUAAAUACAAUUAACGAAAAAUUAA